AUGAUUGAAGCUCGCGUUCGCGUAAAUAUUCAGCGAAGUCAAUCUAACGUGCCGUCCCAUUCAAUCUUAGUUCAUCAUGAGGAGUUGUUAGCCCCAACCGUGAUCGUGACCAACCGAACUCGCUUGCCCGAGCUCAAAUUAGCUACGUUUUCCGGUGGCUACACCGAAUAUUCGGAUUUCAUCGCGAUGUUUCGGUCGGUCGGCGACAAGGAAACCGAGCUGUCGAAUAUUGAACAGAUGCAGCAUCUCCGCUCACGUUUUUCUGCGUUGGAUUCGGUUCGAUCGUUGGAGUUUUCCGGUGCCAAUUAUCGUGUGGCUCUGGAUAUUCUGAAGAGAAGAUUUAGUAAUAAAAGUCUUGUUUUCCAGGCAAACAUCAACGAGAUUCUUGGGCUCAAGAGGGUAGAUUCGGAAUCGGCUUCAAAACUCCUUGAGUUCUCGGACAAUUUCAAUUCGCAUAUUCGUGCGUUGCAGACCUUGGGCAGUUUUGAGCGAAUUUCAGGAUGCAUAAUAGUGCAGACGCUGCUUUAA